AUGCUUCUUCUUUGCUUACAGCGCCUGGCUCUCAUUUCUUGGUUUCUGUGCAGGAUUUCCGGCGGCAGCACUCUGGACCUUCGCGAUUGGAUAUGCUAUCGGCCUCCUCUGUGGGAUUUUCCUCUACAAGUUCGACUCGGGCAUACAGGUUGCAUCCGGUGCCGGGGUGCUCCUAGGCGUCGUCGCCGCAAAGUUUCUCUACGCGUUCGCCAUACUUGGCCACACCCUCCCAUGGAUGUUUUAGGGCUCCCUGCCGCAGGAGAUGUGAGGCGGAUCUUGUAG